AACUCCCCCAAUGAGUAUUGUCUACACACCCCAAAGCGUCUCCCCGGGUACCCUCACCCUCGAACAGCUCGACGGCCUAGCCAUCGAGUAUGUCCGCAUCCAGUGGACUGAUAUUGCCAAUACGACCCGCUGCCGCGUGGUCGCCAUCGCUCACUUCAAGAAACUCCUCAAGACGGAGCGCCCCGGUGUGACGAUGGUUAGCGGGACGCCCCUUGCCAUAGUCAACUUCCUCCCCCCUGGCCACUACCCUGUCGGCGAACAGUUGCUCGCAAUGGACCUCAGCACACUGCGCCCGUUACCAUUCGCUCCAGGCCAGGCUGUCGUUCACGGUUUUUUCCAGGAACGAGUACCAGUCAAGGUUGACGGUAGUCUCAGCAUCGAGGUGCCGUACUGCCCACGGACCGUGCUGAGCAACAUCACUAAGAAAGCCGAGGAGAAGCUUGGAGUUGAGUUUCUCGUCGGGUUCGAGUCUGAAUUCACCCUCCUCGAGUCUACCAAGCCCGUUAAAGCAGUGAGCGACGGCGCCUGGUCGUAUGCGAGCUCCUUCAACGCUGGUACAGCUGGACAGAAGGUCUUAGACGAAAUUGCGAAGCAGAUCCGCGCAUCUGGCAUCGAGCUCCUAAUUUACCAUUCCGAAGGUGGCCCUGGUCAGUACGAAGUUGUCACAGGACCUUUGCCUCCGCUCGAGGCUGCCGAUGCCCUCAUCCAAACGCGUCAGAUCAUCUACAAUGCCGCAAGCAAGCACGAGCUGCGUGCAACCUUCGCCCCACGUGUUUACUCCGAUAACUGUGGUACUGCAUGCCACGCUCACCUCUCCGUGCAUAAACCCGGCGCCACUCAGCCGAUUUCGUCUACCUCACCUCACCUCAACGCACUCGAGUCUUCUUUCCUCGCCGGAUUACUGAACCAUCUUCCGGCUGUGACUGCGUUUACCCUCCCCCAGCCUGCGUCGUACUCGCGCGUCGUUGAUGGCAUCUGGAGCGGGGGCACCUGGGUGUCAUGGGGCAUCGAUAACAAGGAAGUUCCCGUCCGGCUGUGUAACUACGCGUUCCCCGCAUCGCGCAACUUUGAGGUCAAGUGUAUCGAUGGCCUUGCAAAUCCGUAUUUGGCGCUCUCCGCCGUCCUCGGGGCGGGUCUGACGGGAGUAAACAAAGGAGCGGACCUCCACGUGCGUGACUGCUCGGUGGAUAGGGCACCGGGGCAGCUCAACGAAAAGGAACGGGCCGAGCUGGGCAUCGUCGACCGCAUGGCACUGAGCUGGGAAGAUGCGAUUGCUAAGCUCGAAGCAGAUGACGAGCUCAUCGAUGCCAUCGGCCGCAAGUCGGUCGACGCGUAUCUUGCUGUCAACAAGUUUUUGUCUUCUUUCAUGGUAGCUGGAUCUGAGGAGGAUGUUACCACCCGCCUUGUUGAAAGCUACUAACAUGCAUAUCCAACUUUUAACUUAUCGAUGUACUAAGUAGCGGUAUUUCCAAACUUUCGUUUUUGUAUCAUAUCGGAAUAGAACCAAAUCAAAUAGCCUUUAUUGCAG